AAAGAAAAGAAAGGACGUGCCUAUAUAUAGAGUACCAACUUGACCUGAAAGACCGGACCUACUCUGAAGUAGUACGCGCCGCUACCCUGCCUCUUCUUCCUUCCCACUACCAAACCCGACCAAAUAUUGUAUUGCUGGCUCGCUGCUUGGGAAGAUAAAAGUGCGGCUCUGAAGGGGAAUUUCGUCGAACAGGAUGAAUGCGUUGGCAGCGACGAGCAGGAACUUCAAGCAGGCGGCCAAGCUGCUGGGCCUGGACUCCAAGCUGGAGAAGAGCUUGCUCAUCCCGUUCAGGGAGAUCAAGGUUGAAUGCACAAUUCCGAAAGAUGAUGGGACUUUAGCAUCUUAUGUUGGGUUUAGGGUCCAACACGACAAUGCUAGGGGACCUAUGAAGGGUGGAAUCAGAUACCACCAUGAGGUUGAUCCUGAUGAGGUCAAUGCGUUGGCACAACUAAUGACAUGGAAGACGGCCGUGGCUAAUAUUCCAUAUGGAGGAGCUAAAGGUGGAAUAGGAUGCAGCCCUGGAGAUCUCAGCAUCUCCGAGCUAGAGCGACUUACCCGUGUUUUCACCCAGAAAAUCCACGACUUGAUUGGCAUUCAUACAGAUGUUCCAGCUCCAGAUAUGGGAACCAACUCUCAGACAAUGGCGUGGAUACUUGACGAAUACUCAAAGUUUCAUGGUUAUUCACCUGCUGUGGUGACUGGAAAACCUGUUGACCUUGGAGGAUCACUUGGAAGAGAUGCAGCUACUGGAAGGGGAGUUCUGUUUGCUACUGAAGCCUUGCUUGCAGAGCAUGGCAAGGGCAUUGCUGGCCAGCGUUUUGUAAUACAGGGAUUUGGUAAUGUUGGAUCCUGGGCUGCUCAGCUGAUCAGUGAAGCUGGUGGCAAGGUGAUUGCCAUCAGUGAUGUCACUGGAGCUGUCAAGAACAGCAAUGGGCUUGACAUUGCAAAGCUAAUGAAGCACUCAUCAGAGAACCGCGGGAUCAAGGGUUUCGACGGAGGCGAUGCAAUCGACCCACGCUCACUGCUUACUGAAGAAUGUGAUGUCCUCAUCCCGGCAGCACUUGGUGGAGUUAUAAACAAGGACAACGCAAAUGAGAUCAAAGCAAAGUACAUCAUUGAGGCUGCAAACCACCCCACAGACCCUGAGGCAGAUGAGAUCCUGUCCAAGAAAGGCGUUCUCAUUCUUCCAGACAUCCUCGCGAACUCCGGUGGUGUCACAGUGAGCUACUUCGAGUGGGUUCAGAACAUUCAGGGUUUCAUGUGGGACGAGGAGAAGGUGAACAAUGAGCUGAAGACCUACAUGACCCGUGGGUUCAGGGAUGUGAAGGAGAUGUGCAGGAGCCACCACUGCGACCUCCGCAUGGGCGCCUUCACCCUCGGUGUCAACCGUGUCGCUCGCGCCACCGUUCUCAGAGGAUGGGAAGCAUGAUCUCGUCAGUCAUCUGAUCAUCUCCCUGUUGUACUUCAUGCACUGAAUUUCUUUCGGUUUUUCGCUUUGGUUAAUCCGUCAACCGGGAUUGGAGAAGAUAGAUUCAAUAACCAACCCCACGAUGAGUCGAUGAGUGUGCUGCCUUUCUCAGAGAUUAGUUGGGGGAAGAAACAGUAGUAAUCUGCUGGGUAGUGAUGAAUUGCCUGAAUUUAUCAUCUUGCAGAAUGGCACUGCAGGAUUUCUUGUACUCUGUGGCUGAAAUUCUUGCUGGUUUGCAAGCAGUAAUCUGAAUUUGGUUUCUUGGCAAAA